AUGGUUCCCACAGAUUUUGGGAAUGCUGAUCGAUUUCCCAAGAAUACUUCCCACCUUCCAGAAUCUUCUACUAGACCCACUAGGGAACUCCCAUCCUCUAGUAUUAUCCCAUCAACUUCCUUUGGUGGCUUGGUUAAUUUCGGGACAAGUCCCACAGAGACAGAAUUUUCUCAAACAACUAGAGAGAUUCUUUCUGAUGCCUGGGCCCCAGGUACCAGGAUCACUUACAGAUCAGCCUGGAAACUUUGGGCUGAUUGGUGCAUUCAACGGGAAUUGGAUCCCUUAUCUGCACCUAUCCCACCCAUUCUAAAUUAUCUUUCGGAUGCUUUUGAUGCUGGUAAAGCAUACCGUACUAUAAAUCUUUAUCGCUCGGCUAUUUCCUUUUAUCAUAUCCCCGUCAAUUCCAUUCCCAUCGGUAAACAUCCUUUGGUUUGCAAAUUACUUAAAGGAAUUCGUUUUAGACGACCUCCAACUCCUAAGUAUUACUCUACUUGGGAUGUUAAUCUUCUUCUUGACCUUUUUCAGAGUUGGGAGGAUAAUGAUUCAUUAUCCUUAAAACUCUUAUCUUUUAAACUUACCACUUUACUUUGUCUCAUAUCAAUUAAAAGAAUUUCGGAUGUCAAAGCUCUGGACAUCUCCCAUAGACAAUUCUCCCCUCAAGGGGUAUUCUUUUCGGUUCAUAGACGAACCAAAACCAAUAUUCAUCAGGUAUUUUAUCCAGCCUUUCCUCUGAAUGACAAACUCUGUGUUGUCCGCUGUUUACUUACCUAUGAAGACAAAACAAAAUCUAUCCGCCAUCCUUCUCAUUCUCAGCUUCUUAUAUCUUACUGUAAGCCACACUUACCGGUUUCUUCUACAACUUUAGCCAGAUGGAUUAGAACAGUCAUGACCAUGGCUAAUAUUGAUGUAUCAAAGUUCGGAGCACAUUCCACCAGAAGCGCUGUCUCCACCAAACUCAUACAAUCUGGGGGAUCAUUAUCUGAUCUCCUAAAAGCAGCCAACUGGUCAUCUGAAUCCACUUUUAAAUCCUUCUAUUUCAGACCUGAACACCAUGUUUCUAUGUCUCUUUUAUAG